AUGCCUUUCCUCCUGGGUCUCAGACAGGACAAGGAAACCUGCAUGGGUGUCAACAAUCAAAGUUACAUAUGUGAAACGGGCCACUGUUGUGGACAAUCCCAGUGUUGCAACUACUACUAUGAACUCUGGUGGUUUUGGCUGGUGUGGACCAUCAUCAUCAUCCUCAGCUGCUGUUGUGUUUGCCAUCACCGACGCACCAAGCAUCGUCUGCAGGCCCAGCAGCGGCAACACGAGAUCAACCUGAUCGCUUACCGGGAAGCCCAUAACUACUCAGCCCUGCCGUUUUAUUUCCGGUUUUUGCCAAAUUAUUUACUACCUCCCUACGAGGAAGUGGUGAACCGACCGCCGACCCCCCCGCCACCAUACAGUGCCUUACAUCAGCAGUGCGUCCCAGCAGGCAGCAGUAGCACAGUCCCGGACACGCCAAGAAACCUGGCACAGAGCAGCUCGGCAGCGCCCAGCGGCAAUAACAGCAGUACUGACGGCACCGGGUCCCUCGGCCUCAGGGACCCCGAGCCCUCCACUGCCACACUGGUCGAGCGAGCAGUUACCAAAAUGCAAAGCGUCGAGCCUAGCGGUACCAGCACGGGAGCCGAGCUCGUGGAGAGGGCCGGUCCUGAGAAGGAUACAGAGUGCAAGGAGGGACUGCUGAAAGGUUACAGCUCUGAGAGCUUGGAGCAGAGCAGCGCCAUUCCUGACGCCAAGGACAAGACGCCGGGCAGGCAGCGCCGUUUCACCGGCGACUCAGGCAUCGAAGUCUGCGUAUGCAACCGGGGCCAUCACGACGACGACCUCAAGGAGUUGGACGGGCUCAUUGACGAUGCUCUGGACGGGCCCCUGGACUUCUGCGACAGCUGCAGCGGCCGCCCGCAUGGGGACGAGGAGGAAGGGCUUUUUAACGCUGCGGAAGAGCAGCACCGCGAACACAGCCACCACCACCUGCCCCGGCAGCCGGUGUGUGUACUCUUGAACACAAUAAAUGAGCAGGACUCUCCAAACUCUCGUACCAGUAACUCCCCCAGCUAAGGUGGCAGAGCAGAAGGGAGAAUCGGGGGAAAAACAACACAGAAAUAAAAGUGAAAUAACAGGAUUAAAACUUUAACAGGAGGAAAAGGUGAUAGAACUUUCUUUUUUUUAGUUUAUUUUUUCUUUCUCCCCCUCCAAUAUAAUUCGGGGAGUAAGCCCCGAAGGCCUGGCUUGCGGGGGACAGGUCGCUCUGGGUUUUGUUAAUCGUGUCCGUCCUGCUCCGUGGGGCAGGGACUGGUGUUUCUCAAUGAGACCUUCUAACGAAUGGAACUUUUCCAAUGGUGAUUUUGGUGAUGGUUAUUAUGAGUUUGUUGGUUUUAGUUUUCCAGAACACUGCUUUAUCUCGCAAUCAGUAAAGCUCAGCAAAUCUCACCCUGGGAGGAUACGAAAUCACCAUAAGGCUGCAACCUCCAGGUGUCUUCCCAGAAGCAAGCAGCUUCUGACAGUGCCGGCAGUCAGUAGCCCAAGAGUUCUGGUUUGAUAUAGUGCUCUUGAGGCAUUGGGGAUUUCUUUUCUUGUCUCUCUUUUUUUUUUUUUUUUUGGUGAUAAGUUUUCUCGAAGCUGAUGAAUGCCUGAACACAUCAGCCCUAUAAUCUCUGGUGCUUCAGUGUUUAAGACAGCAGGUAGGAAAUUUCCCACUUGAAGCUGGUGACUGAAGGACCAGUUUCUUC